AUGGUGCGACUAAACUGGCCCGGUAUAGCGGUCUCGUCGCUCCUCUUCUCGUCAGCUUUAGCAGAUACAUGCUGGCGGAAUACCUCUUGCUCUGGACCAACAGACAUUGCAUUCAAAGGGCCAUGGGAAAAGAAUAUCUAUGCACCCUCAACCCGCACAGUCCGACCAGCCAAAACCCUAUCCGAGCUCAAGAGAAACGCCAUAACAGACUCAUCCCACCCGUACAAAGUGACCUUGCAAGGCAACGGCUCUCUAAUAGUAUUCGACUUCGGCAUUGAAGUAGGCGGUAUAGUGCACCUGGAAUAUGAAUCCACCGGAAGCGGAGCCCUAGGAAUCGCAUUCACAGAGGCCAAGAACUGGAUCGGGGAAUGGUCAGAUUCCUCAAGUGCCCUUUAUCACGAUGGAGCGCUAUAUGCCAAUUUCUCAUCGGCCGGUAAAGGAAGCUAUGAUAUGCCAGACAAAUACCUACGAGGCGGAUUCCGAUACUUAACGGUCUUUUUAAUUACAGACGAUGACUUGACUAAGGUGAAAAUCGAUGAUUUGAGCCUGGAACUUGGCUUUCAGCCUACUUGGUCCAAUCUCCGAGCCUACCAGGGUUAUUUCCACUGCAGCGAUGAGCUGUUGAAUCGCAUCUGGUAUAGCGGGGCCUAUACUCUGCAGACGAAUGAAGUGCCCGUCAACACCGGUCGUGUGACGAAGGGUGUUACUUCUGGUUGGGUGAAUAAUGGGACUUUGGGCCCAGGGGAUACUAUCAUUGUCGAUGGCGCGAAGCGAGAUCGUGCUGUGUGGCCUGGUGAUAUGGGCAUCGCGGUGCCAUCGGCGUUUGUGAGUCUUGGGGAUCUGGACAGUGUUAAGAACGCGUUGCAGAUUAUGUACAAUACGCAAGACAAAACAACAGGCGCAUUUGAUGAAUCUGGCCCUCCACUCAGUCAGAAGAACUCGGACACUUAUCAUAUGUGGUCGAUGAUCGGCACUUACAACUAUGUGCUGUAUACCAAUGACACAGACUUCUUGCUACAAAAUUGGGAGAGUUAUCAGCAUGCUAUGGAGUACAUCUAUGGCAAGGUAACCUACCCCAGUGGGCUAUUGAAUGUGACAGGCACUCGAGACUGGGCUAGGUGGCAGCAAGGCUACAACAACUCCGAGGCACAAAUGAUCCUCUAUCAAACACUAAACACAGGAGCAUCUCUCGCUUCCUGGGCCGGAGACACCACAAACCUAUCACAGACCUGGACUGCCCAAGCGGCAAAGCUAAAAGAAUCAAUCAACACCUACUGUUGGGACGACGCAUACGGCGCAUUCAAAGACAAUGCCACAGAGACCACGCUGCAUCCCCAAGACGCAAACAGCAUGGCCGUUCUCUUCGGCGUCGUAAACCAAACACGCGCAUCCAGCAUCUCAGAGAAACUCCUGAAAAAUUGGACACCAAUCGGUGCCGUCGCACCGGAAUUGCCAGAAAAUAUUGCAUCCUUUAUCUCCUCGUUCGAAAUCCAAAGUCAUUUCGUCGUAGGCAAGCCUGAGCGUGCGCUUGAUCUUAUUCGGAGGAGCUGGGGCUGGUAUAUCAACAAUCCUAACGGGACGGAAAGUACAGUUAUCGAGGGAUAUCUUCGAAACGGAACUUUUGGGUAUCGGAUGGAUCGGGGGUAUGGAUUUGAUCCGUCUUAUGUUUCUCAUGCGCAUGGGUGGUCUUCUGGUCCGACUUCUGCUUUGACUGAGUUUGUUGUUGGGCUUAGGGUUACUUCGCCUUUGGGGGCGACGUGGAAGAUUGAGCCGCAGUUUGGAGAUUUGCAGUUUGCUGAGGCUGGUUUUGUUACUGACCUUGGAAAGUUUACGGCUUCUUGGAAAAUUGGGUCUCAUGGGUAUGAGCUGAAUUUCGAGGUGCCGAAGGGCACUGUUGGGAGUCUUGUUUUGCCCUUUGUUACUGCUUCUAAGAAGCCUUCGGUUACUAUUGAUGGGGAUCGUUUGUUCAGAGGAUUAAGCUAUAGCGAUCGCACUGUGACUGUUGAAGUUACUGGUGGCUCUCACAAAGUAGCCGUUCAAUAG